UGGGCAGCAGCAGUGAGCAAGGGGAGGCUUGAGCCCUGCUGCUAUGACAGUGAGGGGCGGCUAGGGGCGGCCUGAACCACGUGAUCGCAAGUGGUGGGGCAAGGCGGCUUGGCGGUGAGCAGAGCGGCUGGAAUCACGUGACAGCAAGUGGUGGGGGUACAGCAACCAGCAGAGGGAAUCACCUGACUGUGGGCAGCAGCCACAGCAGUAGCAGCAGUGAACAGAGAAGGCUUGAGCCCAGCCUCUGUGUCAGUGAGUGGCGGGGCGGGGCAGCUGGAACCACGUUACCACUAGUGGUGGGGCGGAGCAGCUUGGCAGUGAGCUAAGGGGCUGGGAGGAGGAGCAACAGUAGCCAGCCCCGGAAACCACGUGACGGUGGGCGGUGGUGACUGCAGCCGCAGUAGCAAGCAGCCACAGUAGCGAUCGGUCGCAGUAGCGAGCGGUCGCAGCAGCGAGCGGUCGCAUCAGCGAGCGGUCGCAGCAGCCAGCAGUCAGCAGCCGCAGCAGCCAGCGGUCGCAGCAGCCAGCAGCCCGUAGUCCGUAGCCGUAGCCGCAGCAGCCAGCAGCCAGCAGCCCGCAGCCGCAGCAGCCCGCAGCCAGAGCUGCCCCAGCAGUGAGCAGCCGGAGGCUUGAGCCCUGUAAUAGAGGCUGGUGGCGGGGUGGCAAGCAGCUCAGCUUGAACCACAUGACAGCAAGUGGCGGUGGGGCUGCCAUGAGCAGCGAGAACCAUGAGACAGUGGGAGAUGGUGGUGAUGGCGGGAGAGGUGGCGGCAUCGGGGCCAGCAGCAGCAGUGACGCCGGUGGUGGUAGUGGGGCCAGCAGCAGUAGCCUCAAUCACAUUGGUGCUAGCUAUGGCAGAGGGGGCAGUGGUGGCAGCAGUGGCAGUGCCAAUGGCGAUAGCUGGGCCAGCAGUGGGGCCAUCAGUGGCAGCCACAAUGUCAGUGGCAUGGUCAUAGGCACCAGCAGUGGCAGCGGGGCAGGCUGUGGUAGUGGGGCCACAGGCAACAGCGGGGCCAUCCCACCCAGCACCAACGGCACUCCCCAGGCAUUCAUGCAGCUCCCUGACGGGAGCGGUGGCAGCUGGGCCAAUGGUGGCAGUGGCAGCAACGGGGCCAGCAACAGCAGUGGUGCCAGCUGGGCCAUCCCACCCAGCACCAACGGCACUCCCCUGGCCUUUGUGCAGAACCCUGACGGGAGCUGUGGCAGCUGGGCCAGUGGUGGCAGCGGUGGCAAUGGGGCCAGCAAUGGCAGUGGCGCCAGCUAUGGUAGUGGGGCCACAGGCAACAGCGGGGUCAUCCCACCCAGUACCAACGGCACUCCCCAGGCUUUCGUGCAGUGCUUUGAUGGGAGCUGUGGCAGCUGGGCCAGUGGUGGCAACAGCGGCAACGGGGCCAGCAACAGCAGUGGCACCAGCUGGGCCAUCCCACCCAGCACCAACGGCACUCCCCUGGCCUUUGUGCAGAACCCUGAUGGGAGCUGUGGCAGCUGGGCCAGUGGUGGCAGCGGUGGCAACGGGGCCAGCAACGGCAGUGGCGCCAGCUAUGGUAGUGGGGCCAUCCCACCCAGCACCAACGGCACUCCCCAGGCAUUCAUGCAGCUCCCUGACGGGAGCGGUGGCAGCUGGGCCAGUGGUGGCAGCGGCAGCAACGGGGCCAUCAACAGCAGUGGUGCCAGCUGGGCCAUCCCACCCAGCACCAACGGCACUCCCCUGGCCUUCGUGCAGAACCCUGACGGGAGCUGUGGCAGCUGGGCCAGUGGUGGCAGUGGCGGCAACGGGGCCAGCAACAGCAGUGGCGCCAGCGGUGGAAGUGGGGUCACAGGCGCCAGCUGGGCCAUCCCACCCAGCACCAACGGCACUCCCCAGGCCUUCGUGCAGUGCCCUGAUGGGAGCGGUGGCAACUGGGCCAGUGGUGGCAGUGGCGGCAGCGGGGCCAUCAACAGCAGUGGCACCAACGGUGGAAGUGGGGCCACAGGCGCCAGCUGGGCCAUCCCACCCAGCACCAACGGCACUCCCCAGGCCUUCAUGCAGUGCUUUGACGGGAACUGUGGCAGCUGGGCUAGUGGUGGCAACGGCGGCAACGGGGCCAGCAACAGCAGUGGUGCAAGCUGGGCCAUCCCACCCAACACCAACGGCACUCCCUUGGCCUUUGUGCAGAACCCUGUCGGGAUCUGUGGCAGCUGGGCCAGUGGUGGCAGCGGCGGCAACGGGGCCAGUAACAGCAGUGGGGCCAGUGACAGCACAGGCAACAGCGGGGCCAUCCCACCCAGCACCAACGGCAUUCACCGGGCCUUCGUGCAGCGCCCUGACUGGAGCGGUGGCAGCUGGGCCAGUGGUGGCAGCGGCGGCAACGGGGCCAACAACGGCAGUGGCGCCAGCGGUGGUAGUGGGGCCACAGGCAACGGCGGGGCUAUCCCACCCAGCACCAACGGCAUUCACGGGGCCUUCGUGCAGCGCCCUGACUGGGCCAGUGGUGGCAGUGGCGGCAACGGGGCCAGCAACGGCGGCGGUGGCGCCAGCGGUGGUAGUGGGGACGCAGACGACAACUGGGCCAUCCCACCCAGACCCAGCGGCACUCACCGGGCUUUCGUGCAGCGCCCUGACUGGGCCAGUGGUGGCAGUGGCGGCAACGGGGCCAGCAACGGCGGUGGCGCCAGCGGUGGUAGUGGGGCCACAGGCAACGGUGGGGCCAUCCUACCCAACACCAACGGCACUCACCAGGCCUUCGUGCAGCACCCUGAUGGGAGCGGUGGCAACUGGGCCAGUGGCGGGAGCGGUGGCAACUGGGCCAGUGGUGGCGGCAGCGGCAACGGGGCCAGCAAUGGCAGUGGCGCCAGCGGUGGUAGUGGGGACGCAGACAACAACUGGGCCAUCCCACCCAUCAGCAACGGCAUUCACCGGGCUUUCGUGCAGCGCCCUAACUGGAGCCGUGGCAACUGGGGCAGUGGUGGCAGCGGCGGCAACGGGGCCAGCAAUGGCGGUGGCGCCAGCGGUGGUAGUGGGGCCGCAGGCAACGGCGGGGCCAUCCCACCCAUCGGCAACGGCAUUCACCGGGCCUUCGUGCAGCGCCCUAACGGGAGCGGUGGCAGCGGCUGGGCCAGUGGUGGCAGCGGCGGCAACGGGGCCAGCAAUGGCGGUGGCGCCAGCGGUGGUAGUGGGGCCGCAGGCAACGGCGGGGCCAUCCCACCCAUCGGCAACGGCAUUCACCGGGCCUUCGUGCAGCGCCCUAACGGGAGCGGUGGCAGCGGCUGGGCCAGUGGUGGCAGCGGUGGCAACGGGGCCAGCAACGGCGGUGGCGCCAGCGGUGGUAGUGGGGCCGCAGGCAACGGCGGGGCCAUCCCACCCAUCGGCAACGGCAUUCACCAGGCCUUCGUGCAGCGCCCUGACGGGAGCGGUGGCAGCGGCUGGGCCAGUGGUGGCAGCGGCGGCAACGGGGCCAGCGACGGCAGCGGUGGUAGUGGGGACAUAGACGAUAACUGGGCCUUCCCACCCAGACCCAACGGCAUUCACCGGGCCGUCGUGCAGCGCCCUGACUGGAGCCGUGGCAGCUGGGCCAGUGGUGGCAGCGGUGGCAACGGGGCCAGCAACGGCGGUGGCGCCAGCGGUGGUAGUGGGGCCGCAGGCAACGGCGGGGCCAUCCCACCCAACACCAAUGGCACUCACCAGGCCUUCGUGCAGCGCCCUGACGGGAGCGGUGGCAGCGGCUGGGCCAGUGGUGGCAGUGGCGGCGGUGGCGCCAGCGGUGGUAGUGGGGACGCAGACGACAGCUGGGCCAUCCCACCCAGACCCAACGGCAUUCACCGGGCCUUCGUGCAGCGCCCUGACUGGAGCCGUGGCAGCCGGGCCAGUGGUGGCAGCAGUGGCAACGGGGCCAGCAACGGCCGUGGCGCCAGCGGUGGUAGUGGGGCCACAGGCAACGGCGGGGCCAUCCCACCCAACACCAAUGGCACUCACCGGGCCUUCGUGCAGCGCCCUGACGGGAGUGGUGGUAGCAGCGGCAAUGGGGCCAGCAACAUCAUUGGCACCAGCGGUGGUAGUGAGGACACAGACGACAGCUGGGCCAUCCCACCCAGACCCAACGGCAUUCACCGGGCCUUCGUGCAGCGCCCUGACUGGAGCCAUGGCAGCCGGGCCAGUGGUGGCAGCGGCGGCAACGGGGCCAACAAUGGCGGUGGCGCCAGCGGUGGUAGUGGGGCCACAGGCAACAGUGGGGCCAUCCCACCCAGCACCAAUGGCAUUCAUCGGGCCUUCGUGCAGCGCCCUGACGGGAGCCGUGGCAACCGGGCAAGUGGUGGCAGCGGCGGCAGCGGGGCCAACAACAGCAGUGGCGCCAGCGGCAGCGGGGCCAACAACAACAGUGGCGCCAGCGGCAGCGGGGCCAGCAACAGCAGUGGUGCCAGCGGCAGCGGGGCCAGCAACAGCAGUGGCGACAGUGGCAGUGGGGCCAGCAACAGCAGUGGUGGCAGUAGUGGUAGUGGGGACGCUGAUGAUGGUGGUAGUGGGGAUACAGAUGACAGCGGGACCAUUCCACCCACACCCAAUGGCCUUCACCAGGCCUUUGUGCAGUGCUCUGACGGGAGCCAUGGCAACCCGGCCAGUGGUGGCAGUGGUGGCAGUGGGGUCAGCAACAGCAGUGGCACCAGUGGUGAUAGUGGGGCCACAGGCAACAGCGGGGCAAUCCCACCCAGCACCAAUGGCACUCACCAGGCCUUUGUGCAGCACCCUGAUGGGAGCUGUGGCAAUGGGGCCAUAGGCAACAGUGGGGCCAUCCCACCCAGCACUGACAUCACUCACCUGGCCAUCGUGGAGCGCUUUGAUGGGAGCUGUGGCAGCAGCGGCAAUGGGGCCAGCAACAGCAGUGGGGCUAGCGGUGGUAGUGGGGCCAGAGGUGACAGCGAGGCCAUCCCACCCAGCACUGAUGUCACUCACCUGGCCAUCGUGGAGCGCUUUGAUGGGGACUGUGGCAGCAGUGGCAACGGGGCCAGCAAAAGCAGUGGCACCAGUGGUGGUAGUGGGGCCACAGGCAACAGUGGGGCCAUCUCACCCAGCACCGACGUCACUCACCUCGCCAUUGUGGAGCGCUUUGACGGGAGCUGUGGUAGUGGUGGCAGCGGGGCCAGCAGCAGCAGUGGCGCCAGCGGUGGUAGUCGGGCCAGAGGUGACAGCGGGGCCAUCCCACCCAGCACCGACGUCACUCACUUGGCCAUCGUGGAGCGCUUUGAUGGGAGCCGUGGCAGCUGGGCCAGUGGUGGCAGUGGGGCCAGCAGCAGCAGUGGCAUCAGUGGUGGUAGUGGGGCCAGAGGCAGCAGUGGGGCCAUCAGAGGCAGCAUCGACGUUACUCACCUGGCCAUUGUCAAGCGCUUUGAUGCCAGCUGUGGCAGCUGGGUCAGUGGUGGCAGUGUCGGCAGCGGGGCCAGCAGCAGCAGUGGCGGUAAUGGGGCCAGAGGUGGCAGCCGCAACGUCAGUGGCAUCAUCCGCCGCGACCUCAGUGGCAUCAUCAGUAUCUAUGGCAUCGGCGCCAGCUGUGGCAGUGGCAUCGGUGGCAGCUAUGGUACCCGUGGCAGCCGCAGCAUCAGCCUGGGCAGUGGCAUCAUCUUGGGCAUCUGCGGCAGCAGUGGCAGCGGAGUCAGAGGUGGCAGUGGUGCCAGUGGAAGCAGCGGUAAUGGUCCUCACCAUGAUCGCUGCAGUACUUACACUGAAAGCAACUUUAUAGAUGGUGUGUACUGUCUCCCAAUUGGACACUGGAUUGAGGCCACUGGGCAUACCAAUGAGAUGAAGCAUACGAGUGAUUUCUAUUUGAACAUUGCAGGCCAUCAAGCCAUGCAUUAUUCAAGAAUCCUCCCAAACCUCUGGUUAGGAAGCUGCCCUCGCCAGCUGGAGCAUGUAACUAUCAAAAUGAAGCAUGAGUUAAAGGUGACAGCAGUAAUCAAUUUUCAGACCGAAUGGGAUAUUAUUCAGAAUUCAUCAGGCUGCAAUCGCUACCCAGAGCCCAUGAGCCCAGACACCAUGAUCAGGCUCUAUAAAGAAGAAGGAAUUUCCUACAUAUGGUUGCCUACACCAGACAUGAGUACUGAAGGGAGAGUGCAGAUGUUGCCUCAGGCGGUCUUUCUCCUCAACAGCCUACUUGAGAAUGGUCACAUCAUCUAUAUACACUGCAAUGCUGGUGUUGGAAGAUCCACUGCUGUCGUGUGUGGCUGGCUCAAGUAUGUGAUGGGCUGGAAUCUGAGGAAGGUUCAGUACUUCCUCAUGGUCAAAAGGCCUGCUGCGUAUAUCGAUGAAGAGGCUCUGUCACGUGCAGAACAAGAUUUCUUUAAGAAAUUUGGGAAGGCUCGUAAGGCCGUUCGUGAUUUUAAUGUGUAAAACCAUCAGCUUUUCCCUAAAAGCUCCUUGUCAGAUAAUUAUAAGAUGAAGACAAAAUCUUGUUAAACAGUAUUGUGGUGUGCUUUGUUACUACUAUUUAUUGUUAUUGUUAUUGUUAUUGCUAUUAUUAUUAUUAUUAUUAUUAGUGUAGCAUGCUCAUUUAGUCUCAAUUUUGGUUUAGAAAUAUGUUUUCUCUGGAGCACCUUUUAAAGAAUCUAAUGAAUUGCACAAGAAAGAGCAGAAGUUCUCUGGACUCUGCCUCCUUAGUCUCAUGUGGUAUAAUAAGGUAACAAACACCAUUGACAGUAUCUGCAGUCAGGCUCCUCCUUUUGGUUGACUUACCCACAGGUGGUUUUAUUAAAAAUUCGUGACUACAACCACCUUUUCUUGUUGUAUUUUGUGUGUAACUAUUUGCUGUCUAGAAGGGGAAGAAAAGCUAUCAUUAUACAGAUUUCAUUUCUUUCAGCAAAAGUAGCAAAGAAGGACCUACUGCUUUGUAAAUGGAAGGCAUCUGGCCUUGCUACUAAGCAAGCACCAAGGCUGGAGGAUGGGGGUUCUGUAAAUCCUUGCUGAAUGGAAUAGAACUGAAUUUCUUGUUCUGUAGAGGAAGGGUGUAUUGAUUUGCCACAAUUCUUAUGGCAGAGAUUCUUAACUUUUUUUUUCUCAUGAACCCCUUAGGAAGUCUAUUGGAAAGUAUGGACUUCUCUUAAAAAUGAUAUUUUAAAAUGCACAAUAUAUAAUACAAAAGAUUACAAAGGAAACCAAUUAUAUGGAAAAAACUCCUCAAAAUAUUUUUUUAAAUAUUAUUUUAAAAGUCCAUAGAACCCCAAGGUUAAAAAACCCUGCUAUAUGGAAAUUGGGUUUGGCAUGCUGAUAAAUCUGUGAAAAGUCUAGGAAAAUUAUGACUUUAUGUGAAACUGGCUCUUGACUGAAAGCAAGGAUUGUUUUCAUCUUGUGUCUCUGUAUUCCCUAGAACCUUCUAGAGUGUGUGGAAUAUAGUAGUUACUUAAUAAAUGUCUAUUGAUUGACUGAU